AUGCCCUUGCCUCAGCGCUGAGAGCUGGGGGAGACAGAGAGGAAGGAGAGUGAAGCUGGGAUAGAGACACCAGCAGGUGCUGAGGUUAGAAACAAACAGGGUGCCAAGAAAAAGCUAGGUUAUCAGGGAAAAGUGUGUUAAAAGAUAAAACUAAAGAGCAGAAAAUAGGCAGACAGAAACUCUAAUACAAUCUUAGUUGUUCUUAAGCUGGAGCCCACUUAUUUUAUGCCAUCCUCACUGAGCUCUUUACAAUCUUUUUCUCGUACGGAUUCUCCCUCCUCCUCCUCCUCCUCUUCGUCCUGUCCUCCUUUUUGACAGACAGAGCACUUUUGGCACACCAUGGACACCGGCAGCCCCAGGAAGAUACAGUUCACCGUUCCCCUACUGGACACCCACCUGGACCCAGAGGCAGCUGAACAGAUCAGAAGACGCAGACCCACACCUGCGACUUUAGUGGCAUCCAGUGAUCAAUCAUCACCUGAAAUAGAUGAAGAUCGUCUCCCAAACCAGCUGUACAAGGCAGCCUUGUUAAACUCUCCUCGACAACGGCGAAAAGGGCAAAAGGGAACACCGACAAUGAAAGAGCUGCAGUUCAUGGUAGAGCACCACCUCUUCAUGCAGCAGCAGGGAGCUGGGGACGAGUGCUCCUCAGAGAGCUGCCUGUCGGACCGCCCCAGCCCCGACUCUGUUCCCACCGGGGAGGAGCUCCCACACGACGAUGAGGCCGCUGCAGGGGCCUUUGAGAAACUGCGCUGCCAAAUGGAGGAGUUCUCAAGGGAGAGUUUAUUAGAAGCUGCUGAUGGACUCGAGUGCCCCCUCUCCAAGGAGAAGGAGGAUUUUUCCAGCGUUGCCAACGUAGCAGAUCUCUCAUCACAACAAAACAACGCACAAGCAGAAACAAAAGCAGCAGCAUCCAGUGCGAGUCAGCCGGCCGAGGAGAAAACAAAGAAAUGUAGCCUGAAGAAAGAGAAUUAGAGCCGCCUUCUGUAUAACACAAAGCUGCUCAGUCUGCUCAGACAGCCCAACACAAUGACUAAAGGUUCUGUCUGCAUAUCCAAUUUUUAGAAACAUCAGGGCAUCUAUGUUCCUCUACAGUCAGGCCUUACUAUCCCGAGAACAAGAACAAAGGUUUCUAAACUUAUUUUGUGUCAAAAAUCCUGUGUGAAUUAUUUAAUUAUAAUAUAUUUGUUGUCUAUAGCCUCCCCUGCACUAAUAAUAUUAGUGCCAGACUGUGAGUUACUAUCUAGUUCAUUGGAAAGCGAUUCCUGUUUCAGUCACACAAUCAUUAUCAUAAACUACCACCAUUCACAUGCAUAAUGUCCACUUUAAUGUUCAAAAGCAAAUUGUAGUCCCUUAAGUUUUUGUCAUUAAAUGUGUCAUGACUCUCUUACUGCAAUUAUUGUUCCAUCUCAAAGCAAUACAAAUGUAUUUGUACCUCAUAGAUAACUGGGACCGAAAUCAUCACUUUUAAAUUCAAAUGUCAUAAUUUAGUUAGUUAGAUGCGCAAUCUUAAAUGAGUGGGUAGAACAACUGGGUUGAUUUACAGUUUAAAUCAAAAAAAUAUCUGCGUUUGUUUACACUAAUGGAUUGGACAUCUACCAUUACAUUAUUUAUUAUUAUCUACAUUCUUAAAGUACAACUGAAAUACAAUUGCAUGUUAUUUUUCUCCUGCAGCAUAUAGAGCUGCAGCGAUUAGUCAAUUCAUUGAUUGACAGAAAACGUAUGGGCAACUAUUUUGGUAGUCAAUUAAUUCUUUUGAUUCAUUUUUUGAAGAAUAAAUCCCAAAUCCUCUGGUUUCAGCUUCUCCAUUGUGAGGAUUUGCUGAUUCACUUAGUCUUCUUCUACUACAUAUAACAUAUUUGGACUGUUGGUCUGACAAAACAAGACAUAAUCUUAAACUCUGGGAAACUCUGGGGGCCAUAUUUCAUUCAUAUUUUUCUGACAUUUUAUAGAGAAAUUGGUUGAAUAAUCGGCAGUAAAUAAUUGAGUGAAUAAUCGGCAGAUUCAUUAAUGAAAUUGCUAGUUGUAGCCUGAAGAGCAUUACAUAUCUGCUCUGUAAAUUACUUGUUCUGUGUUCAACUUUGAGUAAAAACCAGAAACCAAAAGGGAAAACGUUAUUGGAUUCAUGAAGGCGCCCCCUAUUUUAGCAUUAAUUUGUUAGACUACUGUUUUGUUAUACGUAGAUAGGGACCUUUUUUGAUACAGCCAACUCAAUCCCUUCAUUUUAAACCAUAUAUGCGUAAAGCAGUAAUCCUCAUCAUCUUACAGACAGACAACAGCCUGCAACACAACACACUUUCCUGCUAAAGUCUUCUUUUUGUCUAACUUACAAACAACAUCUCCUGCAUCUUAGCUUGUUGAAUGAGAGACCAAACAAGCUUCUUCUUUUUUUUCUUUGCGACCAAACAAACAUUCAUCGGGGGAAAAGUGCACUACAAAAUGUUGACAUUAUUAUUUUUAAUUGUAAAAAGGAAUAACUAAAUGUGAUUACAGAGGGUUGUGUCUGCAGCCGAAUUUACAUAUUUUGAUUUAACAAUGAAAAACCCAUCUCAAAUUGCACCCUCGUAUUUGACACAUGAAUGCUUCUUGGGAAUCUACAUCCUGAUCAUAACACACUUUGCUGCAUGGCGCUGAAUGUACAGUGACUUUUCUUUGCUGUGCUUCACUUUGUACAGGAACUAAUUAAAACAGAGAAUCAAACACACAAAUUGUAAUUACCGGCCUUCACUUUUCAUUGAAUUUUUUCUAUGAAACAAGGACAUUACAAAGCACUCUUACAUGUUAUUUCAUCUAUAAUUUGUAUCACUGAAGUGGCUUUAUCAUGUAGAUUAUGCGACAAUCCUUCAAUAACCUUCACAUAUUACACAAAACCAAAGCCACUCUUGUAUUGAUCACAGCAAUGACCACAAAGAACAAGAAAUACAGUAAAAACAUUCCUGUGCAAGCUUUUUCUUUUUCUUCUGCAGUGUAUUUAUGGACCAUGUAAUGUUUGUUCUGUUUUUGAAUGGUAAUAGUGUACUUUACAUGGAUUUAAAAAGAGGAGUUUUGUUCCAAUUUUACUUGAAUUGAUGAUUACAUCUGUAAUCUUAAUUUGUUUGAUACAAUAAAAUGUUUAAAUUGGUGA